UAGAAAGUGGCUGUCAAAGGAAAUAAAGCAAAUAUUGAAGCAGAUUUUUCUAAAUCAAAUUUAUUUUAGAAAUCUUUAUAGUUAAUGGAAGGCUUUAAUUAUGUUGUUAAACCUCCGCAAAUUCCUCGUGUGGCCUUUGGCUCUGGCAUGGAGCGUGAAACAUUGCCUCUACAAGGACCCUGUUUAACCUCAUUUAUGAGACAACAUCAAGGAGAUGUAUUUCUAAGUCCUGGACCCAUGGCCCGGGUAGAUGAAAGAGAUCAUAUGGAAAUUAAGUACCCCUCUAAAUUGGGUUACACCGCCUUUGCUAGCAAAUUAUUACGGUUACCAGCCGCAGAAACCUCUAACAAUCCCUGUGUGGGUACCUAUGAUGUGGAAAUUAAAAUCAAAGAAAGAAAAGCCUUUAAGCCGUUUAAUGUGGGAGCCCAGAGAUCACAGAAACAUAAGUUUCUAACACCAGCACCCAACACCUAUAGCCAUCAUAAAACUCGAAAACAACUCCACAUAAGCUCAGCCUUUGGCAGACAACGCAAAAUUACCCCCGAAGUACAAAUCAUUUGCUCUCCCCUUAAUAAUGCUCACUGCCAUAAAUGUGAACAAGUACCCCAGGGGGACUAUUGGCGUAAUUAUGAAGAGGACUUGGAUUUAUGCCGCCCUUGUCUACAUAAAAUCGAGCAGAAACUUAAAACCUGCUCCUCAACUGAAGUGCAACGUUUGCGUUUGCGCCGAUUUCUGUUGCCCUAUCGUUUGGUGCGCUAUUGUGGUUUCUAUCAUGACCAUCAUGGCACCACGGCGGCCACUCAAUUAAUAACGACCAAAAUAUUGAAAUUUAAAAUUAACAAGGAAAAUUAUUUGGCCAUGUACAUGUGA